AUAAUAUAUGCUUAAAAUACACGAAUUCUUUUCUGUUGCCACCUAAUUAGCAUACAAUGCAGCAAUAAUAAUAAAUCAAAUUAGAUUAUCUCCCGAUAUUGGUUAGAAAUAAAAAGGUAUAGAUGAUCCUGUUACCAUUGCUGAUAUUAAAGCUUAAACAUACAUCAUAUAAUAACUCCAUAAACAUUGGUACAUUCAUUAUAAUAUUCAAGGCCAUAACUUAAAAUAGUUGGAGAAGAAUCUACUGUCUUUGAAUAACCUAUAGAUUUACCUGAUACUCAUUGCAAUCUUUACACAGAAGAUAUUUUCAAUAAAACACCUAACAAUCUUAAAGUUAAAAGCCAAUAUGAAAUAGAAGACUUGUGUGUUUGGGUUGAUCCUUUAGAUGGAACUCUUGAUUUUGUUUUAGGUUCAUAUGAUUGUGUUACAACUUUAAUUGGUCUAUCAUAUAAACAAUAAGCUUUAAUUGGAAUCAUUUCUUAACCAUUUGUCAAAAUUUCAGAUAAUCAAUAUGAAUUUAAACCUAAGAUCUAUUUUGGACAUCAUCCACAAAAAAGAAUUUUUUAUACAUAUGAUACUCAAUCAUAAAUUCCAUUUGAACUUAUAAAAUCAUCAUAUGAUCCUUCCAAUAUUAUUUUGUGUACAUAAAAUAAAAGAAUAACAGAAGAUAAAUUAUAAAAAAUUAAAUCUCUUGGUUGUCCUCUACUCUAAAUGGGAGGAUCAGGUAAAAAAAGUCUUACACUUUUGGAAGGCAAAGGAGAUUUAUUUAUUUAUCUUGGAGUUAAAAUGAGUAAAUGGGAUAUAUGUGCACCUGAUGCCUUAUUUUAAGCUUUUGGAGUAUUCAAAUCUAUUUAAUUAGGGUCGUUUUGUAGGAUUAGAAGGAUAAAUUUAUAAUUAUAAUCCAGAAGAUAAAACUUUUGAUAAUCCAUAUGGUCUUUUAGCUAGUACUCACAAUGAAUUAGUUGAUAAAUUCUUACCAAAAACAACUGGAAUGUUAUGACCUCAUUAAAUAUCAAUAAAC